UAUUGAGGACUGUACUGCUGUUAAUUGAUCAAAUGAUACGGAUUUGUGCAUAAAAUCAAACAAACAACAACGUAUUGAGAAUAAAUGUGGAUUUAAAGCGUUUCAAAAUCAAUCGUUUAACUACUUUUUAUACCGUGCCUGAGUAAUCGCGCCCAGAUUAGUUCUGUCAAUGACAGACGCAAGCUGGCUAGUUAGGUAAAGUCAUGGCGUUGGUUAAACACAGUUGUUUUAUUGCGGGUCGUUUCUCCAGCAACCACCUGUGGCUGAGUCCUAAAUGCAGUCCAAAUGUGUACGCCACAGGUGGACUGACCACAGCGAUCAGGUCACCCACGCCACAGAAGGACCGCAGGAAGGAGUUGACUGAUGAUGGACCUGACCUCCAGGAUUUCAUAUCCGGCGAGCUGUCGGAGAAGAGCAAGUGGGACGAGUACAGAGGAAACCUAAAAAGACAGAAGGGAGAGAGGCUGAGACUUCCCCCAUGGCUGAAGACUGAGAUUCCUAUUGGCAAGAACUACAACAAGCUGAAGAACACACUGAGGGACCUCAACCUGCACACUGUGUGUGAGGAGGCCAGGUGUCCCAACAUUGGGGAGUGUUGGGGAGGGGGAGAGCAUGGGACCGCCACUGCCACCAUCAUGUUAAUGGGGGACACAUGUACGCGGGGCUGUCGGUUCUGCUCGGUGAAGACCGCCCGUCGCCCACCCCCCCUGGACCCAGAUGAGCCCUACAACACGGCCAAGGCCAUCGCAGCCUGGGGACUGGACUAUGUGGUUCUCACCUCCGUGGAUAGAGACGAUAUUGUUGAUGGAGGGGCGGAGCAUAUUGCCAAGACCGUCUCCAACCUGAAGGAGAGGAACUCUCAUAUCCUGGUUGAAUGUCUGACCCCUGAUUUCCGUGGUGACCUGACUGCAGUGGAGAAAAUCGCUCAGUCAGGGCUGGAUGUUUACGCACACAACGUAGAGACGGUGCGCGAGCUGCAGAGACAGGUGCGUGACCCGCGAGCUAACUUCGACCAAUCCAUAAGUGUGUUGCGUCAUGCCAAGGCGGUCAAACCCGAAGUUCUGACCAAAACCUCCAUUAUGCUGGGGCUGGGAGAGACCGAACAACAGAUACACAACACCAUGACUGAGCUGAGAGAGGCAGGUGUGGACUGUCUAACUCUGGGACAAUACAUGCAGCCCACGAAACGCCACCUCAAGGUAGAGGAGUAUGUAACACCAGAGAGGUUUGCCCACUGGGAGGAGGCUGGGAAGGAGAUGGGAUUCAUCUAUACAGCCAGCGGACCCCUCGUACGCUCAUCUUACAAAGCAGGUGAGUUCUUCCUGAAGAACCUGUUGGAGAAGAGGAAGGCUGCAGCAGCAGAGUAACGUACCUUGUCAUGUGACCAGAUGGACAGACCUAUUGACCUCUGACCUCUACCCCUCACUCAGGUUCCAGUUCAUCUGCCUCCACUACUUUCUCACAGGGUUGUACAGGUUUUCUAGUCAUUCUGUACCCUCUCUAACUUUGUCUCCUGUCUCAUUGCCUCUUUUCAUCCAUGAGAGUAUUUAUCACAAUACCACAGGCAGUAAUAGUGUACUACACAGUACUUCAGUAUAAAUGAUUAUGCUACACAGUACUUCAGUAUAAAUUAUUAUAAUACAGAGUACUUCAGUAUAAAUGAUUAUACUACGCAGUAAUUUUAGUAUGAAUUAUUACAACAUACAAUACUUCAUUAUAAAUUAAUACAACACACAGUACUUCAGUAGGAAUGGUUACUGUAAUAUGUAGUUGUUACUGUAAAAUCCACUUGUAUCGACGUAUUGUUCUGUGUAGUGACGGCCAUUCGAGGCUUCAUUACCGUUUUUCUAGCAGCAGAAUGUUAUGCCAGCAGCGCUAAUUCAUAUUUUCUUUUUCAAAAUAAUGGCCAUCAUUGAAUUAUAUAAGGUAAUCUAGUUAUCAAUCUAGUCGGUCAUUUUAUGUUUAAUGUUUGUUCGAAAAUGUUGUUCUUGUCUGUUCUUUUUAACAGACUCGAUUUUUAACUAUUUGGCCUUAUAAAUUUCAAUGAUGGCUUUAAUUGUGAUAAAGAAAAUCUGAGUGCUGCCAGCAUAAUAUUCUGCUGCUAAAAUAACGCUAAUGAAGCCUUGUUUGGCCAUUACUAGUUCUGUACAUUAAACCUGAACGUUUCAUAGCAACACAGGAUGCAGGCUGACCAACAUAUUAUGACAGGAGAGGGGGAAAACAAACUGGAGGGAAAUAAGUCCUUUAAAGGCAGCCUAUUUUCCAUGCAGUACACUAGGAGAAGUGCACUUUAUAGGGAGUAGUGUACUUGUGUACAUGGGCCGUUUGACACACCGACUUGUAAUGAUGAGACUGCUGACUUGGUGAAAAUAGGAGAAUGACAUCUGAGAAAUAAUCGUUGAUAGGAGGGUUUGAAAUGUGUUGCUAUGUGAAAUGGAGAACUAAAUUGAGUGUUGUUUGUGUAUAAUUACUAAUAAUGUAAAAUAUAGAAUUAAUAAAUGACUUACCAAUCCAGUA